UGCCCGCCCUUGUCCCACCCCGGCCCGGAUCAGGAGAGUGACGCCGUUUCCGCCACCGACCACUUUCGCGAGUGGCGUGCCGGAAGCCAGCCCACGGCCGCCAAGAUUGACAAAGGAAACUUUAACUUUUUGAACCCGCUCGCUUACCCGACGGCGGCCAGCGCGGCAGCGGCAGCGGCGGCAGCGGCGGCAGCAGCAGCGGCGGCGGCAGGGAACGGCCCCAGCGGCACUACCGGUACAGCAGCGGCACCGGCGACGACCGGAGGAGGAGGAGGAGGAGCAGUCGGUGGUGGUGUUGGUGGUGCCGGCCCCGCCGGUAGUAGCGUUGGUGGACCGGCCAGCACCGGUACGGCGGCAGCGGCAGCGGCGGCAGCGGCGGCGGCAGCGGCAGCAGCGGCGGCGGCCGCAGUAAGCGGCAGCAACAGCCACCACCACCACCAUCAUCCGCACGGGGCGCACCAUCCCCAUCCGCACCACGUGCCGCAUCCGCACCAUCACCACCACCAUCACCAUCAUCACCAUCCGGCGGCCCACCCGCACCACCACCAUCCGCACUUUGGGCCGCUCGGGGGCGGGGUGGACACGGCCGGCGCGGGCAUCGGUGGCCCGGGAGGGAUCGGCAUCGGCGGGAACGCGCUCGGCGCCGGCGGCACAGGCUCGGCAGGCGGACUAGGAGGAGCCGCCGGAGGAAUAGGAGGAGGAGGGGGAGGAGUAGGAGGAGCAGCAGGAGCAGGAGGAGGAGCGGUGGGUGGAAUAGGCGGUGUGGGUGGACUGGGCGGCGGCGGUGGAGGAGUGGCCGGUGGCGGCAUACCCGGCCUCAGGAUGGACUGUGACUAUUCGAAGCUGUUCUACGCUAAACGUGAGUACGAUGAACGGCUUAAGGCGGAUCUGCUGCACUGUCUCGACAGUGGACUGGGAGCCAGCACCAUUACGGCAAGGUGGACACAGAUGGGUCCCGGACCAACGGCCGGUUCGUUGGUCCCGGACGACACCAACGGUUCCGGCGUGGACGGCGGCAAGCACUUGGACGUCGGCGACAUGAGCGAUGACGAACAGGAUCUGUCGUCGGCGGAUGCCGAGGGCGUUUGGAGUCCGGACAUCGAACAGAGCUUCCAGGAGGCGCUAGCCAUCUAUCCACCGUGCGGUCGCCGAAAAAUCAUCCUCUCCGAGGAGGGCAAAAUGUAUGGUCGCAAUGAACUGAUCGCUCGCUAUAUCAAACUACGCACCGGCAAGACGAGAACCCGGAAGCAGGUCAGCUCGCACAUACAAGUAUUAGCCAGACGGAAGCUGCGCGAGUUCCAGGCCAAGAUGAAAGUGCAAUUCUGGCAGCCGGGCCUGCAGCCGAGCACCUCCCAGGACGUGAAACCGUUCGCCCAGCCCGGCUACCCGAUGAAGACGGCGACCGCCGUCUCGGAAGGCGCCCUGCAGCCCGCCCACCCGUGGGAGGGACGCGCGAUCGCGACGCACAAGUUCCGGCUGGUCGAGUACAGCGCCUAUCUGGAGCUGCGUGCCGAAGAAACGUAUCACAAGCACCUGUUCGUGCACAUAGCGGACACGCCCGCCAACCCGCUGCUGGAGUCGGUGGAGGUGAAGGAGAUCUACGACAAGUUCCCGCAAAAGUCCGGCGGCCUCAAGGAGCUGUACGAGAAGGGUCCGAGCAAUGCGUUCUUCCUGGUGAAGUUCUGGGCGGACCUGAACACGAACAUCGCGAACGAUGCGGGCGCGUUCUACGGCGUCAGCAGUCACUACGAGAGCAACGACAACAUGGUGAUCACCUGCUCGACCAAGGUGUGCUCGUUCGGCAAGCAGGUGGUGGAGAAGGUGGAAACGGAAUACUCCCGCAUCGAGAACGGUCGCUACGUGUACCGGAUCAGCCGGUCGCCGAUGUGCGACUACAUGAUCAACUUCAUCAACAAGCUGAAGCACCUUCCCGAGAAGUACAUGAUGAACAGCGUGCUGGAGAACUUCACCAUCCUGCAGGUUAUAUCCAACAAAGACACGGACGAGACGCUCCUGUGCGUGGCGUUCGUGUUCGAGGUGUCGACCUCCGAGCACGGUGCACAGCACCAUAUCUACCGCCUGGUGAAGGAAUAGCAGCAGCCACAGCAGCAGCAGCACUACCACCAGCAGCAAGAUAUCCAUCACCGAGUGCACCAUAGACUAGUAGACCACACCAGCGACAGCAUUCUCCUGAGCAAUCCGAACCUUCUUGCCGCCGGCGACUACCCCAGCCACAAUAACAGCAGCAGCGACGGCGGCAGCAGCGACCGUCCGGCCACCACCAACAGCACCAAUCAAGACCCGGGCCACCUGCAGCAAACGGGGGCAGCAGAGGCCACUGUGCCACCGCCGGCACCACCACCGCCACCGCCGCUCGUCGAUCUGCCGAGCUGUUUGGUCGAGCAGCAGACGGCGGCCGCACUGCUGCCACAGUCAACCACGCCCCAUCAACCGGCGACGAACCGCGACCCACCAGCACUGGGAGUGGUCCGAACCGAGCCGACGACUCCCACGGCCAGCCCGGAGGAGCUGGUCCGUUGCACCGGCGACCAGCAGCAGCAGCAGCAGCAGCAGCGGCAACCAGUCAAGCAGGAGUAUCUCGGGCUGGACCCGCCCGACUACGGUCAGCUGCUGGAGGUGGACGCGAAACGGGCCUCCCAGCAGCUGCUGCUGCUGCAGCACCGUCCCGCCCUACACCAGCUGCUGCGCGACUAGAGCACAACACACACCGACACGCAUCGUGUAUACGAGACGCGCAUCUGUACACACACACACACAUAGACACCUGGGCAAUAAGUGCGUGUGCGUGGGUGUUUUGAUUGUAUUUAAUUUAAUUUGUUUAUGCUUUUUGGAAAAGGAUGUGCGUGUUGGCAAACACUAAAGCAAACAAAACAAAACCGUGCAUGCACACACAAACACACAAAAGUAACAUUUAAGGUGGAUAUAUUUAAAGCAAAGAAAAGAAGAGAGAGAGAGAAAAGAAAACAGUGCCUAUAAUAGUAGCAAGAACGAGCAGCAAUGUGAGUGAGGGAAAGGUAACAAAGCAAGCGCGAGAAUGUCGAACGUGCAAACGAAGAGAGCAGUGAAGGAGGGGAAGGGGGGGGGGGUGAGGAUACAGAAACAAAAAAAAACAAACAAAAAUCAUUUCAAAUGUACGAUGUAAAGAGAGCGAUUUGGGAUUGAUGCCGAGAGAGCGAGAGAGAGAGAGAGCAAACAUUGCACGUGGAACAACGAAACGACCGUUUCGGUUGCUGUCGCUCUUACGCUAUACACGCUGAGGUGUUAGUAUUAUUAGCCGUACCCGGGAGUGGCUGUUCUGCUGCUGUCGCGUGUUACGGACCCAUGCUGCGACCCGCCAGUAAUAUUUUGUCUGGAAAAAAAGGUGGAAAACGCGGGGCGCUCAAAAAAUCGUUGUAAAAAAUACGAUUUUUGUUUUCUGUUUUUUUUUUAAGAAAAGGUUUGCUCGGAUUAUAAUUACAUUUUGUUUUUAAAUGAAAGCUAACUCCAAACCCCUUUGGAGGCGGUUGGAGUUGGUUAAGGCUUUUGAUUUUUAGUUUUUGCGAAUGAAAUGGUUUUUGGGGAUGCUGCCCGGGAAAGGAAAUGAUGUUGUCGGCGUCCGUAACAAAAAAAGGCGAAGGUCUAAGGUGCGCUGUCGGGUGCUUGCAGGCGCAGCGCUGCAAGUGAAUUGCUUGUAAAUAGUAACUACUAUUUUUUUUUAUUAAAUACAUUUCUUCCCCAUUCCCCUAUACCACUGGUUCCCGCGCCCUUCUGUAUCGACGCAUAGUUUUGUUUUUUUUUUAAUUUCUUGCUAAAAUUGGAUCUGUUUGAGAUUAGCGUUAACGAAGUAAGUGUGUGGUUGGCUAAGGCUAAGGUUGUAAUAUUAGUAGGUAAAGCUUUGCUGUCUCCAUCCGCCCCUCGCCCCUCCCCUUUAGCGAUUAAAACGAAAGAGUAGGAGGUAAAGGGGAAGAGGGCGUAAGUGAAAGAGAGAGAGAGAGAGAAAGGUGAGAGAAAAUGUAAAAUCGGUGGGAAAAGGGGUAGAGAUACGGUCAUCAAAAGUGGCAAAAAAGUGACAAUAUUACCCUCCCACCCCGCUCCCCUGUUUCCCCACAGGCCAUGAAUGUGUGUAUGUGUGUGUGUGCGCGCGCAGCAUACAUAAACAAAAUCAUUUAAUGUGAGCAAUGUGCGCACAAACACACGCACACACACACACUGACAUUUAUAUUAAUGUACAAACAAGCCACAAACAAACAUACAAAGGAAGAGGAAAAAAGGAAGUAGAAGAAGAAGGAAACAACAGGAGAAGCAUAUUAGCAUAAGCUAUGAGCGUGUCCGUGUGUGUUGGGUGGUGUGUGCGCAGGAUUGGUGAACGCGGAGUACGAAACGAAACAAAAUAACAGAUGGGGGAAAAACAAAAAUUAAAUCCUCUCUUAAAACACAGCAAAACACACACACACACAGUGCUGCAAAAUGUCACUGUCAAUGUCAUAAAAAAAUCUGAUUUAAACAAAAUCCAUGUCAUCGUCACGUACUCAAUUGUGAUAAUCAGAGGUGAUACUCAAAACGGUUGGUGUGAUCAAUGCAUGCUUCGUGACAUGUUUGCGACCAACGCGUGGUCAGUCACUAUUGUCAUGACUUUUUUUUUAUUAUGAUCAGUUGUGCAUAAUGUCACUGACAUAGUCAUGACAAAUUUCGGCUGAAACAAAAUAAUGUCAGCGUCACGAGCGCUACUUUGAUGAUCAGUGGUGAGACUCAAAUAGUUGGUGCGACCAUCACAUGCUUGGUGACAUUGUGUGCAACCAACUCUUGGUCAAUCACUUGGUCGUGACAUUUUCAGUCGGUGAUCAUGGGAGAUAUGCGAUGCGUUCGAGUGCUCCCAAGCAACAAAAUGAGCAUGGUUUCUCGCUCUGUUUGAUCCGACAAAACAGUCACAGCAGACAGAGCGAGAAAGAAUGCGCAUUUUGCUGUUUGGGACCACACGUCAACUAUAUUCCAAGAAUGUCGUGAUUAUCACCGACAGAACAUGUCGUGACCAAGUGAGUGAUCAAGAGUUGGGUGCUACAAAAAAUGUCAUCAUACAUGGGAUUGAUCCACCGACUGUUUGAGUCUCACCGCUGAUCAUCUCAGCUGUGUACGUGAGCUGAUUUUAGCUUCGUUUCAGUCAUGAGUGUUGGUGAGUGUAACAAUAAAGUUUGGCAGCACUAUUCUUUCUUUCUUUCUUUGGCUCAACAACCGAUGUCGGUCAAGGCCUGCCUGUACCCACUUGUGGGCUUGGCUUUCAGUGACUAAUUGAUUCCCCCCAUAGCAGGAUAGUCAGUCCUACGUAUGGCGGCGCGGUCUAUUUGGGGAUUGAACCCAUGACGGGCAUGUUGUUAAGCCGUACGAGUUGACGACUGUACUACGAGACCGGCCAAGGCAGCACUGUUCACAGCGAGAAAAAAGUCAUUAUUAUGAUUGCGAAGGCAUUAAGCUCAGCUAGUCAGUCAGAGUAUCGCGUUAGACUCACCCAGUGGCAUGUCAUGUUCGGCAUGCCAUGACGCACUUUCAUUGAGUAUCAGCAAUGAGUAUCAAGCCACCACGGAUAUGUUCAUCGUCUUCGUUGGUGAACAUCUCGUGAUGCUCAUGACAUAUUGCAGCACUGCACACAAACAUACGCACACACACACACACACAUCUCUUUUCGGGACUCCAUAGCGUUGGAAAGUUUUUGGCAAGUGUCAUUGAGCUCUUCUUGAAGAACAUGCACACACCAUUACGCGUUGAUCCACAUAGCCCGCAGUUCCCCACCAACCCUCACCCUCCGCACUCACUCACACAACGCCAUUGCGUUCGUUCUAUUAUAAUUUAUUGUAAUUCUUAACCCCUUUUUUCUUUAGUCGUGUAAGUCGCCGCCGUAAAGACGCGAGAAAAUUGGAGUUUGUUUUGCUUCCUUCAAAAACAAAAAAAAAACAACAUCUAAUUGUACGUUGUUGUACUACAGUUGCAACAAAACAAGCACACAAACGCAUACAAGAUGGAAAGAUGUGUUCGUGCUCGUGUGUGUGUGUGUGUGGCUUGGGGGUGGAAGGCGUCAAAGUCGCAACGUGCGUCCAAAGUAGAAACGAUUUAAACCGAAUAAUUUCAAACUUGAUAUUUACAAGCAAACGAGACUCACAAUAGUAGGCCAGAUGUAUUGCCCUUCCACACACAAACACACACACACACACACACACACACUUUGGAAUUAGAGUUGCAAUGCGCGGCACCAAGGGCACGUUUAUAGGUUUUAGUUUUGUUUUAUAUAUUUUUAUCGGCGGGCAGCAGAACGUAAUCUUUGUAUUAUAUAAUGACUUGUUCGCGUAAUCAGCGCAUGUAGGGUGGAGAGGAGGGAGGGGCGUGUAGGAAGUAAACAUAGAAAGCAUAACAGACGAAACAAGAAAGAGAAAGAGAGAGAGAGAGAGAGAGAGAGAGAAAGAAAAAAAAAAUAAAGAAAGCGAAUAGAACAAGAGAGAAAACGGGGAGCACGGGAGGAGAUUUUGCAGUAGCCAUUCGUUUUUUUUUAAUUAUUAUUUUCAUAUACAUAUUUUUUUGUUUGUUUUUUAUGUUAUGUAAAUCGUACGUCAAAUCAAAAAUGAAUUCGCUUUGAUCUCCCAUUUUGAGUAAGGCUUCACGCAAGAGUUAAAUAAUUAAUUUUAAAACAAAGCCGUGUGUGCGAGGCGCGUGUGAGAAGGCCCCCAACAAGGGCCCCCGAUACUGGAGGGAAAAAGGAGCUUCCUUUUGUGUGUGUGUGUGUGUGUGUGUGUGUUUUUCUCUCUCUUCUUCACUCUAUCUGUCUCUUACUUUUCUUUACUCCCGCCCGUUUCACGUUUCUUGCUGCAUGUGUGUAAUGAACAAAAAUCAAAGCAGAAACCUUCACACUUCUGCAAAACGAAAAACAAAACAAAAACUCUUAAAAUUCUUUAGCGUCCCAUAGUCGGCGGUCUUCUGUGAAGACCGCACACACAUACACACACACACACGCACACACACAUACACACAAACAAUCCUUGAAUAAUGUUGCAUUCGUUUUUCUUUAUUGCUGUUUUCCUUUUUGUGUUUGAGGAAAAGCUGUCUCCACCGAUCACCUGCUACCAACCCGACCAAACAUUUUUUUUUUCCUUUUUCUUAUUUGGCGCAACAACCUUAUCAGUCAGUCAAGGGAGGAUUUUCCCUUUUGUCGUCGGAAAAGUAAACCAGCCACUGGUUAGCUAAGCUGAGAGAUUAGAGAGCGAAAAAAAGAAAUUGUGUGUGUGUGUGUGUGAGAGAGAGAGAGAAAGAGAGAGAGAGAGAGAGAGAGAGAGAGAGAGAGAGAGAGAGAGAGAGAGAAAAGAGAUAAAUAAAGAAAGAGAGAUCGGGGCCGCAUACUAUGGGAGGAGCUACUAUGCAUUACUAAAAAACAAAACAAAAAACCCAACCUGUAAAUAGUUUACUUUUCGACUGUUUUGGCACCGUUUCGGAGUUCGGUGCAGCAGAGCUCGUGGAUGGGAAUGGGGAGGGUAGAGGGUGGAUUAAAACAAAAAAAAAAGAUAGAUAAAGAGAGAGAGAGAGAGAAAGAGAAAGAGAGAGAGAGAGAGAGAAAGAGAAAGAGAGAGAGAGAGAGAAGGGGGAAAUGUAUGUUCGCGGAGUGGCGCCUAAUAAUAAUAGCAUACCUUAGUAAUACUAGUAAUAACCGUCUUGCAGCAGCGUUUAAAAAAAGAGUUGCGAUUUGGCAGCACAGUGCGCGGCGUAUGUUUUAGCUAAACUAAAAAGGAAAGGGGCAAAACCCCACCAAAAGGGCACGAUCCCACACACACACACACACACACAUAUACGCACACAGAUACAGAAGGGGAAGAGAGAGAGAGAGAGAGAGAGAGAGAGAGAGAGACAAAGGCAAAGGAAUUAAUGUACCAUUUAAGCGGAUCUGUAAGUGUAACUCUCAUGCACGAGGAAAUUAUGAACUAUAUAUUAAUAAAAUAUAUGUAUAUGUAUAUGUAAGCCUCUCUCUCUCUCUCUCUCUCUCUCUGUACAGGUCGCGCGUGUGUGUGUGCAUCAGAAAUUAGUAGCGAAGGCAGGAAAUUACUAAAACUAGAAGUAAAGCUAGGGUUAGGUUUUUUUUAUCUUUUUUUUCUGUGGAGAGGAAGAAAGUAGCAGAACCUGCACACAGGCAACCAGCAGCCACCUGUUAACGUGAAUGCGUUCGUGUGUGUUUGUGUGAUGUAGCCAAGAUGCAUCCAAAUUGCUAUUGCUGUAAGAUUUGCAUUGAUUUAGUACGUUAAAUACAAACAAACAAAACACAUGCAUACACAUACACAACACACACACACACAACAAACGUAUGUUCGCGCCGCGUACACGUGGUACAUAUAGGUUAGUUUUCUGUCUCUUCUUCUUCUUCUUCUUCUUCAUCUUCCUCCUUCUUCUCUUCCCUAAGUUUAUGUUCUUUUUUUUAAAUAGUUUUUUUGCUCCCGUAACGCCACCACUUUGGAAGUUCCCUCCCCCCCCGCCCUUUCCCCUCUAUAUGUAUAGAAUUACUAACGUAAAAGUUCGAAACAACAAUAUAGCAUACAAACAAGGAUGAUGAUUUCCCUUUCUUCAAGAAACACAGUAAACGCCGUCCUUUUUUAGUGCGCUUGUGUGUGUGUGGGUGCGCGUGUGUAGUGUAGCGCUUUCCAGAUCACCCUCCCCCCCCCCGCACCUCCCACCUGUAAGCCAUAUCAACGGAGGGUAGGUUUGACCUGGGGUUGGGGGAUUUUUCACGAUCGAUUCGGAAUUUUCCUCUUCUUCUUCUUGUUUGCGCAACGACACACCUACUACGCCAUAAGGCCCGGCCUAUUUAAGGCUUUCGAGACUUAUUUAGCUACCCGGCAUCGUAGUGAUGCGGAGGGGGGGGGGGGGGGGACCGUUCCAUAUGAGGAUUGAACCCACGGCGGGUACGUUAUUAGGUCGUGCGAGUUGACGACUGUACCACAAGAGUUGCCAGCACAGCUGAGGAUUGUACCAAGACACUAAGGCACUAAGCGACUAGAGAGAAACGCUCAACACUUGCACACACACACACAAACAAUCACACACGUAUGCACCUGCGUUACAGAAAGACUUUGCAAAAGCCCGCGUUAGGUACGUUUCGUUUUUUCCUUGCUCCUUUUUAUUCGUAAUCGGUAAGGCAGGUUGCUACUACAACAACUACUACUAUGACUACACUCGGUAGGCAAGCGGGCAGCAAUGUGAAGCGGAGCAGUAGGGAAAGCGAGAAAGAGAGCGAGCGAGCUAGGGAAUACAGCGAUAUUGGUGAGAAUUAAAGUUAAAUUUUAAACAGUUAAGUAAAACAAAUGCGAAAAUCCGAUGGAAAAAAGGCAAAUAAAAGUUGAUAAAUCCAA